UACAGACCAUGGUUCCCAAGUCAGUGGAAAGAAGAAAGAUAUUGUUCACUACGAGUUCCUCUUCUGUAUACUUUACGUCCCAACCUAUUUUCCCAUACUUGUCCAUACGUUGGUUCACCCAUCAACUACAUCUUACCUGCACCAUGCACCUAACCAACACCCUCCUCACAACCAUUGCCAUCCUGGCAACCACAUCCACCGCGUUCCCAUCCGCCGGCCCCCUCCGCAUAGCCAAGAUCUCCGGCACCAACAGCACAGCCUCAGAUCGAGCGACUGCGCCCGGUGAAGGCGGCCACCGCAACUGGCCCAAGAUCUCAUCGCCGGACACUACGCACAGCGCCAAUAAGGAAGCAUCGAGUGGUUCCGACGAUACGUCCGAUUGCUCGGCUCUGUGUGCGAUUGCCGCGCAGGCGUGCGUGGUGGCUUUGCCUCAUGAUGAAUCUUUCUGGUGGGUUUCUUUCCCUGUCUGAUGGUAGAUUUCAUUGACUAAUGGGUGACAGCUGGGAUACGUAUAUUGGGUGUACCGAUCGGUGCCGUUAGAAUGGGGUAUCCUCCAUCGUGCAGGAGCUCCGACUCUGAAUGGGAGGAACAUGUGCAGGGAUCCAUGCUCGUCCAUGGAUAGUUGCGGUGGAUUCAUGGAAAUAUACCCGGUAUGGACUUGUCGGGAAAAUCCCACUCAGGGAAGGGGAGGUGUGCACGUGCUCCGAUCCCCGUCCGGGGGCGGACCACGGAACACACUAUAGUGCCUUCGCUAUUAUAGUAAGGUAUCAGGGAGUGUAUGGGCUACGAAAAUAACACGCGACCUAUGACGACGAUCUUCGGAGCGCUGGUCGUCUCGAAGGAUGUCGUUAGUUUGAUUGUUUC